ACCAUAGUUUGCCGUCCCUUCGCCCUCUACAUAUCCACAUUGUCUCACAAGACUUCGAUUCACCUGCACUUAAAACAAAAAGACACUGGAACAGCUUUACCACACCUUUUUUCCUGGACCUGUUGCAAGUAGAAACUGCCUUGCAAAUCCACGGUAAGGUAACCGUAAGACACGAGGAUGCCGAAGCCUUAUUAAAAUUAUCACUACGAUGUCAUGCGUGCGGUGCUGUGCAAAAAACGAUUCCCG